UGGCCUAAUUUUGGGUACAUGCACACAUAUGUCUGUUUGGUUUUUUCCCCAAGCCAUGGGCUCUGGGACUUGAACUACAUGGUUGGCCAUUUGGGAUCUGGCUCUCUCAACUGUUAGGUAAUGGGCUGGCUCAAUCACUAUUUUUUUAAAUGAAUUAACAAAUCCAGAUUGCCUCAUUCCUUCCAGAACUUUCCCUCUGUACCUCUGUGUCUCAGAGAAGUGGGAGGAGGGCAGGGAGAGGGAGCAAAAGAGGAACUGGCUGAGCUUGGAGGGCAGCAGCCUUGUCCCUCUGCCAGAAACAUAACAGGCAUUCUGACCCAGGCCAUGACACUGGCGGGCUAGUGUGUGUCAGAGGGUCCUCUUGGCCUCUCCCAGCAUGCCAGCACUAUAGAGAGAUCAGUGGAGAAAUUCAUUGCCUACCCUUCAGGGCCUUUUCCCCAAAGCUCGCACCAUCUCUGUCCUUGGGCCCACUUUACUCUGCCCCUUCUUGGAUCUGUUACUCAACAUGUAUAGAGCACCUACUAUGUGCCAGGCUUGGGAGCAGGCACCUGGGAACUAAAGAUCAUUUUCCUUCUGCUGCCACUACACCAUGCUCACAGCAGCCCUUGGAGGAAGCAGAGUGAACACUAUCAGCUUUAUCAGUUCAUGUGAAAACUGAAGCCCAGUGAAGAAAAUAGGCUUUACUGAGGUCCCACGUUGGCUGGUAGAGGCACUGGCAAAGGAAGCCCUGACCCUAACCUCUCUCCAUCUCUCUCUUUCUCAUCUCUCUGUCUCAGUCUUUUUGUCUCUUUCUAUGUUAAUUUCCUUCUCCCUCUUGUUCCAACCUGCAGCCAGAGUCAGAUUUAUAAGUUGUUCAAACUUUUCCUCACUCCAGAAAUCUGUCAGCCCCACAGCCUCUGCUAUCUCCACCAGCUCAGCAUCGCUGUCUAAAGCAAGCCCUUUCCGGAUGCCCAGGUGCAGGGAUGAACUCUGGGUAACACUCUAGCCUCUCCAUCUGGCCCCAGAUAAGAUAAGAGUGGAGGCCAGCCCUAUAAACAGCUCUCAUCCUUCCCCCAGCCAGGCCCAGCUAACCCAGGCCUCAGCUAUCCAGCACCAGCAUGGCUGUCCGCCUGUGGACUGUUGCCCUGGCCUUGGCUGCCCUCCUUGUUGUGGACAGGGAAAUACCAGUGUCAGCAGGCAAGUUAAUUUUCUCAAGAAUGCCCAUCUGUGAGCAUAUGGGAGAGACUCCAGAUUGUUCCAAGACAUCCAACCCAGUCUGUGGCACUAAUGGGGUUACAUAUGACAGUGAAUGCCAACUCUGCUUGGCCAGGAUAAACACAAAACAGGACAUCCAGAUCGUGAAGGAUGGUAAAUGCUGAACCUGGAGGAGGGGCUCCAGCCACGAAGCUUCAGGCUGGAGCACAGUGAUUGGGCAUGCAGAGGAUGUGACAUGAAAUAAAAGAUCUGGCCAACCCAGCAAAGUGAAAAAAUGUCUUUGGAGACUCUGGGAGUUGGUUUUGGUCGGGGGUGGAUCUUUCAAUCUUCCUGAAUCUGAUGUCCGGUUUCUCUCCAUCCCUCUGAUGCUCAAUUCUGUCAUGUCCCUUUGGAGGUCCCAGUAUCUUUUGUCUGCUUGAGAGCAUAGCUCCUGGCCCUAGGAUACUGCCCAAUGCUCACAUCUGCCCCAGCCUAGACUGUUACUCUAACCAAGAACCUAGUGAGAUCUGUAUCCUCUGCCACUGCUAGGAUAUGACCCAACCUGACAGCCUCUGUGAGGGUCUCAAACCCCACAUGGCUUUCUUCUGAGUUAUAUCAGAACUUCAAGGCACGUGCACACACGUACACACACACACACACACACACACACACACACACACACAUACCACAAUUAUGGUUGAUAUUCAGACAAUGUACAUAGUACAGCUGAACUGCUUAUUAUAACAUUGGAGUAGGUCUUUUUCUUUUUCCUUUUGUUUUGUUUUGUUUUGUUUGUUUGUUUGAGAUAUUUUUGCUAUAGGGCACA